AUGCAUGAUGGGAAAGCGCGAUGUUCAAAUUCGUUUCCUGUUUCUCUUGGCUGUUGUGUGUUAGCCAUGGAGGGGCGAGAAAGCGCAACCAUGACCCCGCAAAAUCAAACUACGAGGCAUCGCAGAAGCAAGAGUUACGGCCGCUCACGCCGAAGCCUCGGCGUCGAUUUAACGACGCAGUUUGGAUGCACGCCGGGCCAGCUGACUACGGUUAGAAUACCAACGAGCAGAGAAAUUCCCAAGCCACGUCCCGUUACAGAACAGCUCGACCCUGAACAAAUAGCUCUUCUUGUCAAAAAAGAAUGGAAGCUCUCCUACGUCACGCCCUUAUAUCAGUUCAGACACACUAUGCUCAAGACUUAUGCAAAGCAGCUGGCAGCAUUCAUAGUGGCCGAAAAACAGCAGGGUGUUGCGGUGGAAGUUGGACCAGAGACGGGCUUCAAGGUGGUCUUCUCCACGGUGCUUGGACUGGCAGAGACCAAAGAGGAUGCAGAGACUGUGUUCAUACAGAUCCACUCCAAAUCAGCGUUCGCCACGGAGGGGGAAGCCGCCAAGCUGGUGUGGAGCGGGUGGCUGACCUGCGUCUGCGGAGACCCAGAAUACCUCCGGUCCCUGCCCGACGGCUUCGUCUGCCUGCCCCUCUUCUGUGCCGGCGGCGCCGAGUCCCUGACGGCCGUGGUGAAGUCCUGGUUCGAGAGGACGUUCGACUGCUGCUUCGGCCCCCUGGCCAUCGGCUCCACCAGCCUCCGGUGGCUCGCUGCCCUCUGGACCGCGUGCCACCCCAACACCAGCAUCCGCUACCUAAAGCUGGAGUGGAAGAUCCCCGCCGAACCCCCCCUGGACAUUUUGUACUCGGUCCGCCCGCAGGACGCGUGGGAGCUCUGGGACAGCAUCCGGCAAGAGGGCGGCGCAAGGGACUCAGUCGACAUCGAGGAGGUCGACCGUUUCACACAGGGGCUGGAGGCACACUUCUUCCGCCACUUCAGGAUCUACCUGUCAGCUGGGACUUUAACGAAAGUGUCCACCGCUCUGGGAUCAGCGCACCACGAGGGGAAAGUCCGGAUCACAUGCAGUGACAACAUCACCUCUGUGCUGACCCUGCUGACAGAAUGCGCCCUUCUGAAAAUGCCCAUCUGA